UCAGCAGUACGAGGCAGCAUCCUGUAAUCAGGUCACAUUUCACUGAAGACUCAACAUCCAUAUAGCUGUUAGGAGAAAAGCAACCUCUGAGCCAGUGUUCGUUGACUGAAGCACCAAAUUGCAGGAAUAAUGGUGGCCAUGACUGAUAUGGGGUAUCUUCUCGUACCGUUGAUGAUAUUCGUGGGAGCUUCAGUGCAGGGUGAUGUAAAGAGUGGAAAAGAUGCAGAGAAAACCGGGAAUUUCAUGGAAGAUGAACAGUGGCUGUCCACCAUUUCCCAAUACAAUCGUAAGAUCAAGCACUGGAAUCGCUUCAGAGAUGAAGUGGAGGAUGAUUACAUCAGAUCGUGGGAUGAGAGUCGAGGCUUGAAUGAAAAUGUGGACACCACUAAGGACCCCUGCCAGAAGGUGAAGUGUAGCCGUCACAAGGUGUGUGUUGCCCAGAGCUACCAACGGGCUGUGUGCGUCAACCGCAAGAAGCUGGAGUAUAGGCUGAAGCAGCCAGAACUGGGACAGCAGGAGAACAGCUGUAAGCCCUGCCUUGUGUCCACCUCUGGGCCUGUGUGUGCUUCUGAUGGGCAUAACUAUGCUUCACAGUGUAAGAUGCAGCAGCAGGCCUGUCUCACGGGGAAGGAGCUGAGCGUCAAGUGCACUGGUCCCUGCCCGUGUUCUGCCACAGCUGCACCUAAUGCAGAGGCUGACAACAAGCACGAGAGUUGCACGGGCCAGGACCUGGCAGAUCUGGGAGAACGCCUGCGGGACUGGUUCCAGCUGCUCCAGGGUAACGCCAAGCAGAACAGGACGACCAAGCCUGCAGCCAGCUCUGCAUCAAUUGUGGAACGCACUCUAGUGGCAACCUGUAAGGACUCGAUUGGAUGGAUGUUCACUAAGCUGGACACUAACAGUGACCUGUAUCUAGACCAGGCUGAGCUGGCCGCUAUCAACCUGGACAAGUACGAAGUGUGUAUUCGGCCCUUCUUCAACUCCUGCGACUCCUACCAAGAUGGCAAGGUCUCCACUGCUGAAUGGUGCCUCUGCUUCUGGAGAGAGAAGCCUCCUUGCCUGGGUGAACUAGAGAGAAUCCAAAUGCAGGAGGGAGUCAAGAAAAAGGCAGGCACCUACAUUCCCAGCUGCGAUGAGGAUGGCUAUUACAGGAAACUGCAGUGUGACCAAAGUAGUGAAGAGUGCUGGUGUGUAGACCAGCAUGGAGGAGAGCUAAUGGGCUCCAGAAUCCAUGGCAACCCUGACUGUGAUGAGGUGGUUGGAUACUCAGGUGAUUUUGGCAGUGGGGUGGGAUGGGAGGAUGAAGAAGAGAAAGAAACAGAGGAGAAUGGAGAGGAGACUGAAGAAGAGGAGGGGGAGCUGGGAGAAGUGGAUGAUGGUGGAUACAUCUGGUAGACCAAAACAAAAUGGUUGCCUGGUUAAACAUAGCUUUCCUUUGACCACUGGUUCUGAGGUAGCUCUAUCUCUUGCUGACACAAAUUUGUGGAAACUGGAGGGUUGGACAUCUUUACGCAGCACUCCAAACAGCAUUGACUUAGGGGGAGGGGGACUGGGUAGAGAUAGAUGUAGUAAAAUUAUGGCAUCUGGAAAGAGUUCAAAUAAUGGUCUUAUACAUGCUCGUGAAACAUCUUUCUUUUUUGUAUGUGCAAAAGUGUGCCCUCCUGAUAAAGUCUAUAGCAUCAGCUAUGACAAGCUCAAAUCUAGGCGCUUGAUAAUGGACAGACAUUUUCUCCUUAGAUAAACUGGAGUUUUGCCCAUACUGUACAGUGUGUUUUAUCUCAUUUGUGAUUUUAAAUAUGUUAUGCAUUCAUCUUAUGCAAGAAGAUAUAAAUAAAUACACCUUUUUACCACUAUACAUUUGGAAGUGGUACAUUUGAAGCUAAAAUGUUUAGGGUCACCUACAGAUUUGAUUCAAAAUUUUCAAUUUUUAAGUGAAAUGAGGUGAGUAAACUUAAAAGUCUGGUGCAUUACGUCUAAUUCAUUGGAUCCUCUGGGUGUUUUCAGUGUGCUCUGUUGAGACCAAAAUGAACUAGGUUCCAUUUGUCCGACAAUUUCUUGGCCUUUCAAGCACACAUCAGCUAUAGGUUUAAUUGUGCCCGUUAGGUUUUUCUAGUUCAAGUGCAACAGCAUUAGAGCUCAUUAGAGCAGGAGCCAAAACAACCCUAAAAGCUGCAGCCAUUUAUCCACCAUCUUAUUUACGUAUGAACUGUAUAUCAAAAAGUUCUGUGUUGAUCCAAACAGCUGCACAUGUCCUUAAGAAAUAUUCACAAUCAGGGAAACACUGGGUUUUUUUUUUAAAGAAGCUGGGCAUCUUCAUAAUUUAUUUUUUGUUGAUCACAGUUGUAGAUUUAAGAUCAUAAGCAAGAUAAAGCUUCUCUAUUAGCUCCUUUUGCAAUGUAAUAGCUAUUCAAAAUAAACUCUUCAAAGCAUUCUGGUGUAUUUUACCAACUAAUAAAUCCUGCUGAAACUGGAUAUAGUUAAGCAUUAUGUUUUCUUGUAAACUAUGUCUUGACAUAGAACAUAUCUGAACUCUCACAGACCUGUCUUGUUCUCUUGUCACCUUUCUUUUAAAAUGUUCAGCAGUUUUAUAUUUCAGUCACAAUGGAAUCUGCUUGGACCACAGUUCUUUAAGAUGAUAUGCACUGCCUCUGGGGCAGAUCUAUGUCACAGUGAAUGUAUGUAUGAAUAGUAGUAUGGAGAAUGAGAUUUGUAACUUGACAAUAUUCCCCACAGACACCCACUGGAACCUGUCUGUCCUACCUGUCUGCUAAUCAACCUCUCAUCAGCCAUGAUGAAAUAUGAGUCUAGUGUAAUUUCAGUAAGUGUAAAUAGUUUUGCUCCAAAGGUUUAAAGUUUUGGUUUAGAGAAGGGGAAAAUAAAUUAUUGUGCCAUCCAUACCAUACACUUACAAUAAGGUAUUCUUAUUCUAAAAUCUGUUGAUUAAUUUCUGGGAUAACAUUUUAAAAUAAUCAAAAUUUAAAAAGAUAAAAUCUUUACAUAAAGAAUGAUGGUUUACAUAGAGAAUGUGUUAACUCAUCUAUCAGAAAAACACAACAGCCCAGUGAUUUCAUGCAAGUAAUUAAAAAAAUGCAAUAAACACUGCAAUUAGUAUCAUUAGUGUCAUCAACUGAAACAAUGCCAUAUUCCCUGAGUAUGUAGGUCUGUUUGAAUAACUAUUUUCUCAAUCUCUGCUCACCACAAAGGGCAUGAGAGCAGCACAAUAUACUACACAUGCAGAGCAUAAAUGAAAAUGAAUUAUAGAUCUUAUCUAGUAUGGUAAUACAUUCAAACAAAUCCAGGCUGAAAGCACUAAGAGGACUGGGAAUGGGCAUGCCACUCAAUGGGGUUUUAUCUUAGAAAGAAACACGUUUGUUACUUUAGUGUAGUGUGCUUGUCUUCUUUUUAAAAAAUGAAGAGCAGAUAAUCACAAGUUUGAAAAUGACUAUAUUUCAGUAAGAGUAACUGAUAGAAUAUAAGUUUCAAUUACAUAAAAGUUUCAUAUUUAUCAUUAAAGAGUCUGUCUAGUCUGAUUGUGAAGAAUGUUGCUUAUGUCUUACUUAACAAUGCAUAUGACUGUGCAACCACUGUUGCUAUUCAGUGUGGAUUAGCUAGCAUAUGACUGUAUUGUUGUAUAAAUGCCAUCAAUGUAAAUACAUGGAUUACACAGAUAGUGCAUUUGCCCUGGCAAUUGCAUUAUAUUUACAUUUAGUUGCAUGUUUCUUUGUCCAAAUAUGUCAUCUUUUUGCAUUGGUGUGAUCAUGAUUAAAGGCAGUGCACCCAAGUACUGUUA